AUGGAUCUGACAUUUCUGAGAACCACUCUAUCGUGGACUUUGCGUGCAGGUUGUCUGAUCCAUUUUUUUCAUUCUCACGUUUACGAAUUCAAAGAGACUCGCGGCGAGUCCAUGCUUCCAACUCUUCAAGCGAGACAUGACUAUGUUCAUACUUUGAAAAAUUACAAGUUUGGAAGGAAUAUUCAAACAGGAGAUAUUAUUGUAGCAUUGAAACCAACAGACCCAGAUCAGCGGGUUUGCAAACGAAUUACUGGAAUGCCUGGAGAUAUUGUUCUCAUAGAUCCCAGUAGCGGAUCGUUAGAGAAAGACAAAAGUGACGCGAGUUCAACAGCUUUUGAACGUUACAUUGUCAUUCCAGAUGGCCACGUUUGGCUGACAGGUGAUAAUCUCUCCCACAGUUUGGACUCUCGUACUUACUCGGUACUACCAAUGGGGCUCAUCAAGGGCAAAAUUGUCGCGGCAAAUGACAUGAACAAAUCCUGGAAGUCUUUGUGGGGUUUCAGAUGGAUUGAAGGAGGUGUUCAGCGGGCGGAUACUCCUUCUUGGUCCAGAAUAUCACCAUCUGAUGUUACCUGA